ACCAGCCCAAUGUUUUUUCAAUACUUUUUAAGGGGAUAAGUGACGGUUUCACAUCUACCGUCUACUGGUCAAAAUGAGUCAAAUAAACUUACGGUUGGCAGCUUUAAAAACAAAAUGAAAAACAGAACUAGUUCAUUUCAAAGAGUUUGUCGUGAUCCAAAGUUAUUCCUCACUUUCCUUAUGAAUUCAGAGCAUGUUUAAUGUCUUUUAUGAACAAGCUGCUCAUCCUAACAAGGCACAACUGACGCUGGAAAUAAAAUAAACAAACAAACACGAGAAACACACCUCUCGUGCACGCUCCUGCUCCUCGUACACGCCCCUCUCUCCCUCCUCCUCUCGUGCACGCUCACCUGUUCUCUCUGUGUCUCCUCCACCUCACCUGUCCUCACCUGUGCUCUGUGUCGUGCUCAGAACAGCAGAGACACAGGAGGCAGAGGGACAUGGCGAGGCAGGCUGCUUCAUACGCUCGCCCUGUGUUUCUUUUAACCGCCCUGGUUACCAUCUUAUACAUCUCCUGGCUCAGUAUGUCCGGAUGCAUGAGUGUCCCAGUCUUCUAUAGACCUAUCUCACAGCUGUGGCGUUUUGAGUGGUCCAUGGUUUUUCCCACCACAACAGAUCCACCCGGCCUCACCCCCAUCCCCAUCCUGCACCGCAAGAACUACAGCAAACUGCCCGAGUGGGACUUCGACGAUAAGUACAGGACCGACAGGCGUCCGCACAAGACAACACAGGCCUUCUCCUGGAAGGUGAAGGCCUUCCAGGAGAAGGCCCCUGUGGCUCUCAUGCUCACUAGUCCUCAGGCUCCUACCUUACAGCUCGCAUACAGUCUCAGGGUGCUGGGCGCCUGCCACAGCAUUGCCACACUUCAGGCCUCCUUUGAAUGUACGGAUUGGGACUGUUUCUUUGAUGCGUCGGAUGAUCUUAAUGACGCAUAUGUGAUGGCCGGUCUGAGCCUGGUCCAGAAGCCCAAGGAGCCUCUGCUGCUGCCUAAACCAGGCAGAGACUGCAUCACCUGUGCUGUGGUCGCCAACGGAGGAGUGCUCUGGAGGUCCAAGAAGGGAGCAGAGAUUGAUAGCCACGACUAUGUCUUCAGGGUAAAUGGAGCAGCGAUAAAGGGUUUUGAGAAGGACGUUGGGAAUCGCACCGACGUCUACGUUCACACAGCUCACUCCAUCACUGCGUCUGAAUGGAUGUUCAGAAAAUACAACUAUACAAGAGCCCCACAUGACCCGGGUAUAAAGUACGUGCUGAUCCCUGAAGGCUUGAGGGACUUUCAGUGGUUGAUUGGACUUUACAAACAUGAGAGACCCACCAGUGGAUCAUAUAAAGGAAGCCGUCCCUGGACUCAGUACUCGGGUCAGUUCAAUGAGACGCGGUUCUACGUUCUUCACAUGGACUUCCUGAGAUACGUCAGAAACAGGUUUCUAAAGUCCCCCACACUGAACCAUGGAUACUGGUCCAUCGUCCGACCCACAAAUGGAGCCUUCAUGAUGUUCUUGGCUCUGCAGCUCUGCGACAGGGUGGAUGCGUACGGAUUUAUAACAGAAGAUCACAAGAAAUACUCCAACUACUACUUUGAGCGUGGAGCGAAUACUCAUGUUGUGUUCUAUGCAAACCACAACUACAACCUAGAGAGCACAGUGUGGAGAAGGCUUCAUGACCUGGGCAUCAUUAACCUGUACCUGGGAAAACCACAAGAGCCCACACAGCGCCCCCCGAAGGACACACAGAGCCCUCCUAAGGACGCACAGGCCCCUCCCAAGGAUGCACAGGCCCCUCCCAAGGACGCACAGGCCCCUCCCAAGGACGCACAGGCCCCUCCCAAGGACGCACAGGCCCCUCCCAAGGACGCACAGGCCCCUCCCAAGGAUGCACAAGCCCCUCCCAAGGACGCACAGGGCCCUCCCAAAGACACAUAGAAAACUAACACUACAAAAACUUGAUGAGUCAAAACUAUGGAAGCCCGU